AGCGAACGUCGACGCCACGGAAUGGAGCAAGAGGCAGGCGGGUUCCCGUCCCUGCCUCGGGGUCCCGAUUCCCCGUGUACCCCCGGGCCUGGGGUCGCCUCGGGGCAGGUCCCUCCUCGACUCUUCGCCGCGGCCUCCACGCUUCUCCGGGCGCCUAUCACCGCUCUGGAGUUUGCGGGCCGAUACUUGCUUAUCGGCGAGGGCCCCUGGCUCCUCGUGUGCGACCCGCGUCGCCCGGGGCCCCUGCUCCGCCUGCUGCUGUUGGGGUCGCACCGGGUGCACGGCCUCCGCGUCCGGGUGGCGCGUCCAGGCGAGGCCGGGGACUUAGUCGCGGCCUUCGGAGGGAAGGAAUUCGCUGUGGCGAGGCUGUGGGCGGGGACUGACGAACGGUGGGAGGGGUCUAGCGAUGAGGGGGCGGGGUUUACUGAUAAUGGGACGGGGCCUGACGAUCAAUGGGAGGCGCCUAGCGACGAAGGCGUGGAACUUGUUGACAAGGGGGCGGGGUCUGACGAGCAGUGGGAGGGACCUAUUGAGCAAGGGGCGGGGUCUGUUGAUAAAGAGGCGGGGCCUGGAACUAAAUGGGCGGGGGCUAAUCAACGGGUGGGGUUUGUCGAACAGGAGGCGGGCUCUAGCGACAGUGGGGCGGGGCUCCGAAAUAAGGAGGCGGGGCGAGAGAGAGCCGCCUGCAGCCAUUGGUCGGAGCGCGAGAACGGGGCGGGGCAAACGGCGGAGUGCUGGCCGCGUGCUCCGUUCAUUGAGAAGCUUUCGGAACCUCGCGUGGAGCGCGACUGGAUCUGGGACUCGAGAUUUGUACAAGAUUCCGGAUGCAGCAAUGAAGAUCUGCUGGCAGUCGCACUGGCCCACAAUGCUGUGCGGCUGUGGGAGUGGCGGCGUGGCGUGGUGAGGUGCGAGGCACGGUGCGCCGACACGCAGGUGCUCUACUCGGCUCGCCUCGUCGGCUCCACGUGGGACUCGCUCUGCUGCCUGGCGGGGACCGUGGGAAACCACGUGGUGCUGUGGAAACCGGCGCAGGCCGGGCCGGAUGGCCAUGCGCCGGUGCUCCGCCGGCUGGCCGGCCACUCGGGCGUCAUCUUCUCGAUCGACUACGACGAGCGGUCGGGCGUUCUCGCGUCGGCGUCCGAUGACCGCAGCGUGCGGGUGUGGCGCCUCGGCGGCUCCACGGUCGACCCGCCUGACCCCACGUUCGACGCUGCCCACCCUCCCGAGCAAACGGAUAAUUCCACCACAAGGUCGGUCCGUGUCGGAGCCGCGCCGGGCGACGACGACGGCGACGGCUGCUCUGAGCGGAGUGAUGAAGGUACGGGUCACCGUGGCGGCACAAGCCCCGGCAGUGGCGCAAGCGGCGGCGCGGGCCAACGACUUCCACCAGACAUGCCGGCCGAGCGGGUGCUGUUCGGGCACCAGGCGCGCGUGUUCGUGGUGCGAGUGCUCCCCGGGACUGGAGGCCGCGUGGCGGCGAGUGCCGGCGAGGACGGCGCCGUGCUGAUGUGGGACCUGGCGGACGGGCGUGUGCUGGGCUCGGCGCGGGGCCACCCGGGCGGCCGCGGCGUGCGAGCCCUCGCCGUGCACGCCGACACCGGCGUUGUGGCAACGGGCGGCGCCGAUUCCGCCGUGCGGCUCUGGCAGCUGAACUUGAAGGGCAGUGCCACGGGGGGAGACGAAAGCAAAAUGGCUACUGAGGAGCUUGGUCUGCACGCAGCGGGAACCCCCAAGAUCCUGGCCCUGCCGACGCUGCGGGACCUCAUCGUGAUGACGGACGCAGGAGAGGUCCUGUGGCGUGACCUGGAGGGUGGCACAACCCGCACCAUGCUCUCCCACCCAGAGUUCCACUCCUACUCCCUCAUGGCCGUCACCCAGGGGACCGCUGCCGAGGAAACAAUGAUCGCCCUCGGCAACCUAGACGGGAAGGUCCGGGUGUUUCCCCUCGUCCGUCCGGGCACGUCUUGGGAAAGCCAGCCGUACGAGGGCAAAGUUCACAACCUGACCUGGGCCGACGCACAGACGGACGGUGGAGGGGCGGUAGCGGUGGCUUUUGCGACGGGUCAGAGGCCGCGGUCCCUGUUCUCGUCCGGACCAGAUGGCCUCCUCAUCUGGUGGGAGGUCGCGAUCCCGGCAGGCGAUGGCAGUGCGAACGCACCGGGGCUCACCGUGCGGGAGAAGGCCCGCUUCCGGCUGCCGAUGUGCCGCCAACGCUGGCACACGUGCGCCUCUUUUGUGCCGGGUUCGGCGCGGGCCAGUGUCGUCUGCGGCGACCGCCGCGGCUCCCUGCUGCUGUUUGUGUCUUCCCGUAACGUCGGGAAGUCAGUAGGUGGCACUGCUGGUGAGGGCUGCAGUCGCGAUGACGAUGGUGACGAGGGUGAUAACACAGGUGCUGCACCGCCACCUUCUGCUGCCGAACCCGGUAGCGCCCGCCCCGCGCGUGCCAGCGAAGAGUGCAACACUGACGGAGGCAUCGGCAGGAGCGACGGCAGCGACGGCUGCAGCAGCGAAGAGGAUAAAAGUGCCGGCAGCGACGACGGCAUCCCAGGCCCCGCAUCGUCGCUGUUCGGUCUGCACGGCCGGCAUGGCGUGACGUCCUUGGUCGUGCGCGCGCGUAUGGACGGUGGUGACGAGGGUGGCGGCGACACCACGGUGGUCUACUCGACGGGUCGCGACGGCGUUUACCGCACCACGGCCGUAGCAGCGAGGCCCGGUCGUGGCCUCCGCCUCGUUGCGUUGUCCGCGCAUCGCCCGGCCCAGCGAGCCGACUGGCUCGAACGCCUGCUGCUGAUCGACGACGCCGCGCCGUCCACGGCAGACGUGAACGUCGACUCUGACGCCCGGGAGCCGCGGGUCGUGGUGCUAGGGUUUCGGUCGAGGAACUUCGUUGCGAUCUGCGAGCGCACGGGUCGUCUGCUGGCCAGUGUGCCGUGCGGGGGUGGCCACCGCUCUUGGGCCUACCAGCAGGACUCGCGCGGCCCCCAGCUCGGCCCCAGGGCCCUCGCCUACAUCAAAGCUGGCCGGGUGUGUUUAUGUCGUAGUGGCCGGAGGUCGCGCGACCACUUCCAGCCAGUGCUACGCGAGGGCCUGCAUGGGCGAGAGGUGACGUGUGUGCGUUAUCUUGGCGACGGGCUCAUCGUCACGGCCAGCGAGGACACAACCGUGCGUGUCUCUCGUCUCCCUGUUCCCCACGAUCUCCGCGAUCCUCGCGACCCUCGCGACCCUUGCGACCCCGACCUCGUGACCCUCCUCACCCUUCGGGAACACGUGUCGAGCGUCAAGGUGCUAGCGAUCGCCGACUGCGCCGCUUUGCUGGGCACCUCCUCCGACGGCCGCUCAGUAACUAUGCCGCCGGUGGCAGCGGCAGCAGGCGUGACGGGCGGGCCGAGGACCCCACUGUUGGCGCAGCCGAAACCGGACGCGGCGGUGCAGCGGUGCCGCGGGUUUUCGCGGCUGCUGUUCUCGGCGGGCGGCCGAGCCGAGCUGCGCUGCUGCCGCAUCACGGUGGCGCCGGGCGGCACGGCGUGCCACGUGGAGAGCCUUGCCGCGCACCGGCUCGACGCGCAGUGGGAGCGGCGGAGAGACCGGCACCGGUUCGUCAAGGCCGACCCCGAGACUCGGUACAUGUGCGUGUGUGUGGUAGGGCCCAGCGUUGGAACGCGCGGGGUUCACCUGGUGGCUGCCGCCUGCAGUGACGCAUACGUCAGGCUCUUUGCGUUUGAGGAGCGAGCGAGGAGUCUGGAGCUGCUGGCCGAAUCGGACACCCUUCAGCGCUGCGUACUCUGCGUCGACUCCGUGGACCUGGGAUCCAACCUUGGCGGCCGGAGGUGCGUUCUACUUGCGAGCGGUGCCACCGAUGGCACUGUUGCAUUCUGGGACGUCGGCCGCUUCGUGGGCGGGCAGCCCAGCGCGAGCGCCGAGCCGGGAGGGACGAGCCAGCCGGCUGACCUGGGCACGCCGUGCGGAGCGUUUCGCGUCCACCAGUCGGGGGUGAGCUGCGUGCGGGUCCAACUGGUGGACAACGAUCAUGGGGACGGGCGACAUCACCACCGCCUCCUCGUUGUCAGCGGCGGUGACGAUGGCGCUAUCUCCAUGGUGACCAUCUCUGUGGAUACGCCCGGCGGCCGGGCCCCACCGGUCCUGUGCUCGCUCGCGUCGGUGAGCGUUGACCACGCCCACGCUGCGCAGGUCACGGCCGUCGCCGUGCUCCCCAUCUCCGUGCCAACACCACCUCGUCAGGACGCCAUCGCCGAGGCAACCGUCGCCGCCGUGUCCGCCGACCAGCGCCUGUCUCUGUGGCGACUGGUCGCCGUGGCGACCGGAGCUGGAACGGCCGAGCCGCUCGUGAGCUGCCUGAGUCACGUAGCCGACUUGGCUGCGUUCGAUUGGCGGAGGGGUCGGCGGGAGGGGGAGCUGGAGUUCGUGGUGGCGGGCGUGGGCGUGGAGGUGAUUGACGUGAGGCCCACGCACCCACCGCUUGAAGGAGCAUGGCUCGACCGGCAUGAGGCAGCCUUAAGCCAGUAGCUGAAGCCACGGGGCAUCGCUGUCGACACAGUGCGGGGUGGGGUGGGGGGCUCGGAGCCUCCACUUCGCCCCACUGGAGCGUCGACGAUCAUGGUUGACGCUCCGGUGAACUUCACUUGUUGAAUCGUCUACACGUGAUGAGGACUACCAGACUGUAUUAACUCAUCCACCACACUGCAGGUCACAACGCUUUUCUCUCUGCUUUUUCCCUCGCACUGCUCUUUGCCAUGAUCUCCCACGGUUGUAUUUCCCCAAAUUCGUGCAACCUUUCUCAAUUCAACAAUAUAGUAACUCUCCUCCAAUACUGGCCAACAGAGUGGAACAGCACUCAUGUCCAGAAUAAACGCCUCAUUCAAGACCCAAACAUCGCACCUCCUGGCUUUGACAUUCCUUCUCAAAGACGCUGGUGUAACUAUCAACCGCAUCAUCAGAACAUCAACAGGUCGAUGUGAAUGUCUCCUUCAUGUAUGGCAAAUUGAAGACGAGACAUUCUCGUGCGAUUGUAAGCCUGAGCGUUUCUUAUCGCGCGCUCCUGUGAGUCCAGCCAAUCACAAAUUCGCACUCAUCACACGUAGUAAGCUGUUUGCAAUAACACUCUCUUGGGAGUCUCUUGCAAAACUGGCUCAGGUUCAGGGAUGGAUCCCGAAUUUGAGCUGGUAACUCGUUCCAAGUCUUUGGGCCGGAGACCCCGAAACGGCACUGCUUGCCGUAUCGCCACACAAGGUUCACACGCGGGUACAGCAGAUCAUCGUGGGCUUGGGGAUCGUGGAUGACGUCGAUUUGGGUCUGUUGAGACUGGUACACACUGAUCGGCAAGAUAGGACGGAGUGGAUUUGUUCAGACCCCUCUAGAUGAGAAGGCACAGUUUGUAAGCAAUGCUAUGUUUAGUAGGUAAGCGGUGGAGAUCGUCUCGUAUCGACAUCGUGGUCGGGUCAAAUUUCCGCUUCCAAACUAUCAGACGGGCUUCAGCGUUUAGCACCGACUGGAGCGGACUCAGUUGCACAGCGCUGGCACAGCCAAAGAUGCUGUUACAGUCGUCCACAGGGCUGAAGGCAAACGCAUGGACGAGCAUCCCUGGCUGUCUCGACGGUCAGCACAUGACGUACCGUCUGGUUGGCAACGUGUCUCGGCAAGAAUGCCGAGACACGUUGCCUUAUCUGACACUGGAAUGUCCCAGCCGUUUAUGCGGAUGGACUCACAAUUUUGUCAUGCGAGCUGAUGGCAGCUCCUGCGUGUGAUGAAUUCAGAUUUGUUCCAAAUCAACUUCAGCUGUUUAUGUCGGCAACGCACGAUAUCAGGCAUGGGAUGCGAGAGACGCACAAAUUGGCAUUUGAGUGAAAGUCGAGCUGUAUAUCAUCGGCAUAUAAAAAAUAUUAACGCACGCCGUUAUGAUGACGGGCCAUGCCGACGAGGACGCCAGUGUGGAGGAAGCACAGCACCGGGCCAAGUGGCACACGGCAUGUCACCGGUGACCUGUACGGUACCAUGAAUGCCAUAAAUGCUCUGAAGGUGAUCGACUAAGAUGCUCAAACACAGCAGACAGGUCCAGUAGGCAGAGCAGUGUAACUUGUGGUCAUGCAAACCACUGUGGUCUGUGCUCCUUCAGCCGAGGAACAGCAAAACUACAGAAACUCUCUCCUGAAGCCCCCCUUGUGCCUAUCAGACAUCGGCAUUGGCAUUUAGCUUCUUAACAUUGCCAUAAGCAGGAAUAUAAUAACAAACACCUUCAAUCGUGCCAUUUGUUGCUGGGCACUGGUUGCUAGACAUUUUUGGUCUUAGAGCCUCAACUCGGCAACAUCUCAAAACUUCCUUCCCGGUGUGCUGUACUAGUAACAACUUGACAUGUUUUGUUUACGUGACAAACCUUACUAAUUGGCUGUGUCGGGUGGCGGCGGGUUUAACGACACAUCUGUAUUGGCGCGAUCUAACCCAAAAAACCUGUAUCAUCGAUAUUGGUCGCGAAAGCCUAUUUGUUUUAAACUAUUCCUUCCCAGUCCAUGUUUUAUGUAAACGUAGAUUUGUCGUGUGGCAACUUGCAUAUAAUUGCUGUCAAACUGUUGCUUGUUCCAUAUGUUGAGAAGUUCCCGACGACCCACUCGGAGGCUGAGAUAAGUUAAGGGCUUCCACCAAAGGUUUAUUACAAAUCUUAACAACACACACAGGGGGUGAACAACUUCCCAGGGGUUAGGGGUCCCGGGCUAGGUCCCGACACAGUCGGUUGCCCUGUGCUGUCUCCUCUGCGCCGGCCGUGGGAUCAGCCAACACGGCCGACCGAGGAGCACAGCCACGUCUAGCCCUGGCACUGUGCUCUCCCAUAUCCCUACCCUCUUCCCCCUGGCUCCCCGUUCUACCCUUCUCAGACCUUACUCUCCAGCUACGACCCCGCUGACGUCACGGGGUCCCCUCUAUACUUGAGGAGCCGUGACGUCAUUCUGCUGCCCCGAGCUUAUGACGUCACGUGACGUCAUCGCACUGGACAGCACACGUGACGCCACUUCCCCAUUCUACUCCUCUACACAUAGAUAAACAAAUCUAUUAUUCAUGAUGUUAUAUGUUUAAGUUUAUAUUGCAUGAAUGUUUAUGGUGUAUGCAUUGAUCAUUGUUAAUUUAUUGCGAAUAAUGUUUCAUAGUUGUCUUUUAACGUUCAACAUGAAUAUCAGAUUCAUGACAUGAGAUAAUAUCAGAUUAAUGCCUCCUCUGUUUUGUUACUCAGGUUUCUGAUGAAAAAGAGACUUUUGGUCUCAACAGGAUCUCGAUCGAUUUUAAAUAAAGGAUGAAUUACAUAUUUACGUAA